AUGGCGUUCCGCAGUUUAUCGCCCUCGCGUCUCGUAGUCGCUUGCUUGGUUUUGAUAACCGUAUAUACCGCGUUCCGCCUGCACGCCGCGGCGACUCGGGACCCGACGUCCGUCUUCUUCGACACGAGGAAGGGGUACGAGCCACGGUAUUCGAAGAUUAGAGCUCAGGAGGCGGAGGAUUUUAUUGCUUCUGCUGCUGCCGCUGCUGCUUCUGCUUCUGCUUCUACGGCAGGGAGCAAUAACUCCUCCUCCUCGCAACCCCAACCCAAUCCCCCACGCCCACCUUCAGAAGACCAAGAUGAAAAAACCCUCUGCGUCGCCAUCCCCACCAUCUCGCGCAAACACGCCUCCUACCUGCCCCUAACCCUCGGCUCCCUCCUGCACGGCCUGACCCCCCAGGAGCGCGCCCAAAUCCACCUCAUCGUCUUCAUCGCCCACUCGGACCCAACCUCGCACCCACUCUACACCUCCCCCUGGCUCUGGGCACUAUCCGACGAAGUCCUCACCUACCCAUCCACCCUCUCCCCGGCGGACCUGCAUCACGUGCAAGAAAUGGAAUCCCAAGGCGGCCUGUUUCGCGAAAAGGGAUUGUACGAUUACUCGUUCCUGCUCCGCCGCUGCGCGGCUCUCGAGUCGGUGGAGUAUGUCGCGGUGUUCGAAGAUGACGUCGUCGCUGUGCAAGGGUGGUAUGCAAGGGCGCGCGCCGCGCUCGAGACGGCGCACCGGUUGUCUGUCGAGCGGUACGCAAAGGAGUUUUUGUACCUGCGGCUCUUCUUCACCGAGGAGUUUCUGGGGUGGAACGUCGAGGACUGGAGGUCGUAUGCGGGGUAUUCUGCGCUGGCGGUUGGGUUGCCCGUGCUGCUGCUCUGGGGACUGCGGAGGUGGAUGAAGCGCGUGGCGGGGGUGAUGAUGUCGCAGCGUUUCGUCUUCUGCAGUGUGCCGCUGUUUGUGGUUUGUUUGAUUCUUGUGUUGUUCGCACUGGGUCGUCUUACGGUGAUGCCGCUUCCGGAUGGUGUUUAUGAGAUGCCGGCGUAUGGCUGCUGUUCGCAGGCGUUGGUUUUCCCGCGCAGCAAGGUCGCGCCGCUCAUUGAGUGGUUUGAGGAGAGGAAGGUCGGGUUUGUGGAUGUCUUGACCGAGGAGUUUGCGGAUAAGGGGGACGAGGUGAGGUGGGUGGUUAGGCCGAGUUUGGUGCAGCAUGUAGGGAGGUGGAGUAGCAAGGAGGAUGGGAGUGAGGGGGGGAAGGAAGGGAAGAAGGGGAAGGCGGCUCUGAGUGCGCAGGAAAAGAUUUGGAGUUUUGGGUUUGAGGAGUGGGGGGAGAAGAUAAGACAGGAGGGAGAUACGGUGAAGCACGAGGGCGGCGGAUAA